AUGGAGGACAACGCUUCUAAGAUUCCAGAGCUAUGCGUUAAUUUUGGUUACAUCCGAUCUACAACCACAUGUGCUCUAAGUGCUUCAAAGAAUGUAAUGCAAAUGCAAAGAACAGCCAAAGUGGUAGGUUAUACUUCAGAAAGUUUUACUUUGUUAUUCAAAUCUCUAGUUAAUAUGCACCUUACAAAAUUAUUAUUUAAAGUUGAAAAAUCUAUAGAACCUGCAAUUCUUCCUGCAGCAUCAACACAUCAACCAACCUCAACUACAGCUACAAACGAACACCAGGGUUCUAUUUCACAAAAUUCCACUUCCGUGGAAAUUCUUCAGACGAAUUCCCUCGAAAGUGGAGCGAGUGCCCCCACUCCAGCUGCAACUCAAGAGAAUAUACAAGCGCGACCUAUCCAAACAAACCAAUCACGUUGUUUCAAGUGUAGAGCUAAAAUUCCUUUGGCUAAGCAAACUAUCAAUAAAUGCCGUUGCGAAUACGUUUACUGUGACAAUCACAAAAUUCCAGACAAGCAUGAUUGCGAUUUCGAUUUUGCAAAGAUGGGUAAGGACAUCUUGGCAAAAAAUAAUCCCAAAUUGAACGAAGUGCAUAAAGGAGGUC